AUGGCGCAGAACUGGGGACCGCGCAUAACCGCCAUUCCUAUUUGUUCAGAACGAAUGAUUGAGGUUGGCCUUUAUCAGGGGAACGUCAAUGGAGCAACAUUUGAAGGCUUUGUAGAUGAAAAGCUAUGCCUCAACUUGCUUCCAUUUAAUGGAAUCAACCCGCGAUCAGUGGUCAUAAUGGAUAAUGCUGCUAUCCACCACACGCAAGCAGCGACUGACACAAUUAAUGCCACGGGAGCGAUUGUUCUUUUUCUUCCGCCCUACAGUCCUAAUAUCAUGCCGUGUCAGGAACUUUUUGCACAAGUAAAGAGCUGGAUCAGGGAAAACGAUAUAGCCUGCCAAUUUUGCAUGGAUCCAGAACUUAUGGUUGAAGAAGCGUUUCUUCAAGUCACAGAUGAAGACAUCGAAAACUAUCUUUAA